CCUACAGUGCCGUCUCUAGCAAGGGAGAGAGAGAGUUACGUUCGUUACUAUUAUUUCUAAACAUACGCUUAUUAUUAUCUAUAUUUCCAUCUGUCGAGUAUCGUCUGAAUAAUAUUUUAGUGUUACAAAAAUGAGCGAUCAAGUUCCGACAUUCCCUCAACAAGGAGGCGCCCCGGGCGGUGUACCUCCUGGAGGUGACAAUUUCCAAGGCCAACAAGGCUACGCAGAAGGUCAGGCGGGUUUCACCGGCGACCAAUCUACACUGCCAGUAUUGAGGGAACAAGAUCGACUCCUCCCUAUCGCUAAUAUCUCCCGUAUAAUGAAGCGUGCCAUCCCAGAGAACGGUAAAAUGGCCAAGGACUCGAAGGAAUGUAUGCAAGAGUGCUGCACAGAAUUUAUUGGCUUCAUCACAUCAGAAGCCAGUGACCGAUGUACGCAAGAAAAGCGUAAAACUAUAAACGGAGAGGACAUCCUAUGGGCCAUGCAAUCCUUAGGAUUCGACCAGUAUAUUGAACCGCUUAAGAUGUACCUGCAAGCCUACCGAGAGUCAAUCAAGGGCGACAGAGGAUUGGAAGCGCCUAACGCCCCAGCGGCAAUCAUGGGAGCGGACGGGCAACAACAGUGGCAACAGCAACAAGUCACAUAUAUGUCCGGUGGUGUGGCACCCGUCGGCGGAUACCAACAAUAAUUACGAAGCGCUUGUAGGAGCAUACCAUAUCAAUAAUCAAUUUUAAAGUAUCAUCUAGACACGAGAUUUGGAGAGACUUCUUGGAAAGUUUGUAUCGAUGUUGUGUUGAACAACAAGAGCCAUUGCCUUUGAGAAGUUAUUGUGAUAAUAGCUGGACUCGACAGUAACGGAGGUUUUUAUUUAUUAUAUAGGUUGUUUCACGUGUAAUGUCACUUGUGAUGGAUCCUCGUCACACACUUGUCAGUGUAUUUACCCAUAGAUCGAAAUCUAUUAUAUAAGGUGUUCAGAAGCCUUCUGCGGCAGCGACAACCUGACCAGGACCAGGAUUGUCUUCCAGAUCUCUCAAACUGGGCACUAUCCAUUUUAAUUAUAUUUGGAAAUAUCGAGAAGAAGGCCGUCGUCUUUUGCCUUUUUAUUAGCUCCGCAGACAUCGGUAAAACAGCAUAUAGUUGAUAAGCAGUAUUCAAAUUGAUCAGAAUUGGCUUCCAAACUCGGGCAAAGAUUUUGCACGGCGGUACAUAGGCACAGGACAUCCAACAUGAAAACUAAAGCGUCAUUUACCCACCGGCAUAUCCCAACAAGUUGUCUAAUAAAAAGGUGUUAUGCCGUCUGUGUCCAC